CGGAAGUAGAACUUGCAGAAGUUCACCCUUCUGUUUGUAGACGCUGGUGUUGAUCUUUCGCCCCCGUUCUCUUGGCGUGCGAAAACAGAGGAAUAACACAGCACAGGGAUGUCUCUGUCUUUCGAUGGAAGGGUCGUGCUUGUCACUGGAGCCGGAGGAGGUAAGAAUCGAUAUGCUAAGAUACAGCGACGCUGUCAUUGCUGCUAACUGUUCCUACAUGUACGGAGGCUUGUAACGCUAGCUCACCCUGCUAACGUGCAAAAUUCACAGAGAGAGCAUGUUGAAUGAGCAUAUAGUGAGAAGUGCUGGUGCAGAAGUCUGUAUUAAUGGCUCAUCGUGUCACCUCUGUGUUUGUCGGAGUGCUAAGACUUGUGAAACAGCUGCGAGUCAGAGUACAUGAAGGUAAACAAUCUUGACCAUGACGACCUGAAAACCUUCAGGAAAGAACAGCAGAUGUAGUUAAAGUCCUGCUUUUAUUCGUACCGAUACAGAUUCUUGUUUCACCUUUUCAUCCGCAGCAGAUAGGAGCAAAGUGCGAAUAACGCAAUAGUUUACAAUCAUGGUAAGUGUGUUAAAGGGCAUAUCAAACAAGGGCACACUGCAGCUCGUUGUUGAGGGUAUUCCACUCUGUCAAAGUAAACUUCAGCAUUUUACUCAUAUGUGCUUCUUCUUACAGGUCUUGGCAGAGAAUAUGCAUUGGCUUUUGCCGAGAGAGGUGCUUCAGUUAUAGGUAAACAAAAGAUCUUCAUUGUUACACCUAAUAUUGGUUCUCACAGCAGACUUUGAUCCCAGGGACAUGAUGAAAUUCCUGCUUAUGGUAUACCGCUGUUUGAGUUCAUAUUUUCUUUGCUUUGGAGGCUAGUCAUGUCACUGUGCAUGGUGUCCCAGAAGAGUUUCCCUCGAAGAUGUUUUGGAUGGAAGAUUACUUUCAUGGAUUGUCUUAAAAAACAAACAAACAACUAUUUAGAACUAUUAAAACAUAAUUAUUUUGUUUAAAACUAUUUCAACUAUUCUAAAGAACAUGCAACACCUACUUCACAACACCUUAAUGGACCAAAGGGCCAAUGGUGGUGGACGGCUCCUCUCUCUUCACUGCAGGACAGAAAGAUUCAGAAGAUCUUUUGUACCAACAGCCAUCAGACUUUACAACUCUUUUGUAAAUAGUAGAUAACAUUUAGAGACUCAACAAAUGGGACGACAGACAGUAUAAUUUCUCUUCGGGGAUCAAUAAAAUUCUUUUUUUUCUUCUUAAAACUCCUGUUUGUAUCAGAAUUAAAUGCUAGUUUUUAAUCUACAGUAUUGACAUCAUAUAUAGAGAAGCAUUAGAAGAUAUCUUGACAGUCUAGUAUGGACUAAAAGCUGCAAGUCCCUGCACCUUCAUGGUCAACUGUAGUACGUGACUGUGAGUUCAGAUUUGUCCUGUGACUGUCCUUAGAGUCAUAUAGAGAAGCAGGCACAAGUUAUAUAGGUUUUUGACUGCCACAUGUUAUGUUCUCAGUAAGAAGACUGGGUUUGGACCUUAACAAGUCCACAUAAGUGCAACUUAAAAUUUAAAUGCAUAAUUUAUUGCUUUGGCUUACAUUCAUUAAGUCGAAGUGGGAGGCAGAUAGUCACAGAAAAGCCUGGGCUUUUGUCCACUCAUUAAUUUAUAUCUCAUACGAUUACACAAAGUGAUUUACAAUGACCUUGAAACUUAUGCUACAGAAUUAAAACUUAGUGUCAGCAGCGGUACCCUGAGGUAAGGUAUCAAAAUCUGUUUUGGGAGAGAAAAUUUGAAUCACUUAAUUUCUCAGUAGAUUAAAUCUUAAAAAAGGAAAAUCCUGUCUAUUUAUGCAAACCUUUUUUAUUUUUAAACUGCACAGUUGCAAAUGUUGGCAUAAAUAUUUGCCCUCCCAAAAAUAACAGCUUCCCCCUGACGCUUGGGCCCAACGUGCCCUUGAACUCUGACAAGGAAUCAGCUUAGCUCGACUCUUCUCUUUACCUAAUCAGUUGUGGAGAAUUGCAGAACUCACCCCAUUAUUGCUAAUCUUUUUCUUCUUGUUGCAAUAAAGUGAAUGACCUUGGGGCAGACACUAAAGGAGGUGGAAAGAGUUCUGCAGCUGCUGAUAAGGUGGUGGAGGAGAUAAGAGCGAAAGGAGGCAAGGCAGUGGCAAACUAUGGUGAGAAGUUUGAGCUUGCGAUCUUGUCUUCACUUGUUUUCUUUGGCACAUCAUUAUCUCUGUUUUUUCGCUCUGGCUUACUUUUAAAUAAUUAGUCAUUUUAAUGAAAGUCUAAAACAAUAUUGAUUUCUGUCACUCUGACAAGCUUACUAAUAAUGCUGUUAACAUGUGUUGACAACUGAUUUAUCUUUUUGCAUCCUACAAACAUAACAAAACAAACCUUUUUGUACCAACCAGAAAUAUGAGAGCCUGUUGAUCAGUGAUUGACAGGUACCUUUGAAAACAAGUAAACUCUGAAAAAAUGACUUAUCAGACCUCUCCACUCAUUGUUGUGUUGUACUCAAUAAAACUCUCUUAUAUGCCUCUACCUCUUCUACUUAUAUAACUGAUAUCACACCACCUCCUUACAUUGCUUUUAUCUGUAAUCCUGAUUGCAAUAAAGAACAAUCUGAUAGGAAUCAGAUCCAUAACUAGAGCUCAAAACCACUCGGGUACUGAAUUUUAGACACUCAGUUAAGCCAGAUCGUUCAAAAUGUAUGACUGCAAAAAGCUUACACCAUAUCUUUGACAGUUUUUUGUGCUCUCAUUCAUAGAUUCUGUAGAAGAUGGAGAAAAACUGAUCCAAACAGCACUGGAUACAUUUGGAAGAAUAGGUUAGUAUGUUAAAGUGUUACAUUGAUAAAUUAUCUCUAUUGAAUGAUGUUGAUAAUUAAUCCUGUGAAACCUUUUUUUUUCUAGAUGUAGUUGUAAACAACGCUGGGUAAGUCUUUUUUUUACAGUACUUUUGGAUUUAAUAAUGAAUGUUAAACGUGACUUGUUUACAAGAGUAAAAAUGAAUCAGAAGAUUUGUCAUAAAGUGUGAAAAGACUAAAACCCUGCCCUGCUUGUCUUUGCCAAGGAUUCUUCGUGACCGAUCAUUUGCCAGGACGAGUGAUUUGGACUGGGGUAAUUCAAUUAUUUCUGCAGUUUACAUUCUUUUCACUCUCAUUAACUCCUACUGUGUGAAGAGUCACUCAGUAUCAUCACAUUACUCUGUUUUAUUUGGCUCACCUCAUAAUCCUCAUGGCAGUAUUAAGCAGAAGAAUAUAUUGUGUUUGUUUUCUAAGUACCUUAUGUCUUUAACGACAGAUUGUCUGUGUGGGAGUUUGAAAAUGUACUGGAAGUUGAAUCUUCCACAUUGCUCUAAUCUGUAGUGCUGCCUCUCUCUUUCUGCAUUUCAGACCUGAUUCAGAGAAUUCACUUGAGAGGAUCCUUUCUGGUGACUCGAGCAGCCUGGAAUCACAUGAAAAACCAAAAGUUUGGCAGGUGAGAGCAGCUAUUUAGGUAGCUAAAACCAUGCCAUCUUCCUGUUGUAGGGGGUGAAUUUAUCUUUUUUGAGAGCAGCUUAUUCUCAGCAGAUGCACUAUUUCAGGCUUGUAAUCAAUGGGAUAUCAGUAUUCUCUAUGGAAAAGCCUGAUCCAGACAUCAAAUAAAGUACCAAAGAUACUCAAAAUGAUUUUUAUGUGCCCUACUUUAAGAAGGCUCCCGAGAGCAGGCACUUGGGGUAAUGGGUAUAUAAACCAUGUCUGCCCUCAUAUUAUGAUACUCAUAUUCCUGCUCUGAUUUUAGUCAUUUGAUACCCCUUAAUAUUUUUCACUUCGAUAGUUUCAAGGUGUACAGAGAAAAAAUUUGCAUACUUUUAAAAACCCAAGACAGCGAAUCUGAUUUGAUUAUUCAAAUCAGCAAUGAAUGAAAGGAAUGAAUUUAAUUUUGUUAUCCUGCGCUGCAAGUGAAUCUCUUAAAUAUUUGAGAAGUGGGUUAAUUAAUCACUCCUAAAGAAGUUGCAAAUAUAUCCAAAGGUCUAAUAUGAUUCCUUCAGUUUUGUACCACAUGAAUGAGUUGUACACACUACUCACUUUUGGAGGUGUUGCAGCACUUGUCAAUCAAUUAAUCAACCGCUGUUUAUAAAACACUUUUCAUACAAGAAAUGGUGCACAAAGUAGUGUCCAUUGUGUUGGGGUAUACAAGAUAAAAAUACAGAACCCCACCCACCUUCCUUACCCACAUUUAACACACACAACACUUAGACGUACACACAAGGGCAUUUGAAUAGGACCCUCCAAGCUGCCACAGAUGACUGAGGAGUUUAAAAUGAGGAAACACCGAACCUAAGACCAAACCGAUAAAACCAUGAUAAGAUAAAAUUAAAAAUAAUAAAACGUUUCAAGUUAAUUGAAAUAAAACUGUUGUAAAAUCAAACAAAAAAACAAAACAAAAAGAUGCAAUAGAACACAGAAUUUUAACACUGAAACUAAAAUAGACUGAAAACACAUAAUGCAGAUUAAGAGAUUAAAAAUAAAAACAGGUAAAAACCAGACUAAAAAGCUAGGUGUUGAACUUGCCUUUAAAAAUAUUGUGUGGGAGUUUGCAAACAUCUGCAGCACAAGUCUCAAAUUGAUACUUCCAAAUGACUGUAACGUCCUCCUGAUGUUUGCUGGUAUGAUCAGAUCUAUUUUAAAGAGAGAUUAAUGGCUCUUCCAGAAAGUAGAACAUUGUUGUCUUAAGCUAAUGAUGAUGUCUGCAUGAUGUCUGCGAGCCUAAGCUGAGCUGAAAACUUGCGCUGCUCCUGCUAUCACAAGAGAAUGUGAUGUGUGUGUUGAAAAAGGCCCACUGAGGUUUGCAUGUUUUGAAUAAUAAUUUACAGAAGAAGGUCACACAACCAGCUCUGCUCCCAUGUUACUGCAGGUUGCAGAUGCCCUUUAUAAGAGUGUAUAGGGGGUUUCUACAUUGGUGGUGGAGGACAGCAGUUCGCUCAUAUUUGUCUACAACACAUGUUUGUAUCUUUUAUAUAUGGGGCCCCUCUCAGUAUCAGUGUUAAAGGGAUGUUCCGGCAUAGAAUUAAGAUCAAACACACUGUAACACCGAGUUAGACACCCCUUCGAGAGAUGAAUGUUGCCGACCGCUUACUUCUCUAGUUAUACCAACUUUAGUAACAACCGCAGAUAGCAAUUCAGAGAGCCACGCGCUCAACCAAAAAGCCACUCUAUAGCCACAAAUAAUGCUCAGAACAGCACCUAACUUCAUCAACAGUACAUAUAGGGUCCCAGCCAUAGUGCUAGCCACCAAACAUCUUUUUAACUUUGCCUGAUUUCUCAAGUAAAAGAACUAAACACAACACUCUGGGCGAGUCCAUCGACUACAGCGGGGUGACGCAGCUCAAGGAAGAACAUUUAUGAUCAUUACUUCAUAAAAACGUCUGCAGUGCAAAAUGAUUAAUAUGGUGAUUAUUACUUCAAGGAAAUGAUAAUAUGGGUGUCGAACUCAGUGUUACGGUGUGUUUGACCCCAACUUAAUUUUAGGCCGGAAUAUCCCUUUAAGAGUAACGGCUGGAAUAUGAUCAUUACUGUAUCAUUUCCUUGAAGUGAUAAUCAUCAUAUUAAUCAUUUUGCGCUGCAGAUGCGGUGGUUCUUCCGCCUCAACGUCUCGGUCUGAUUGCACUUCCAUGAGGAAAUGAUCAUAAAUGCUCUUCCUUGAGCUGCAUUUCCCUGUGGGGUGUCUAACUCGGUGUUACGGUGUGUUUGACCCUAACUCAAUUUUAUGCCAGAAUAUCCGUUUAAGCAUCAACUUUAAUGUCGCAGCUUUUUUUAUUAUACCUCCUUACCUGAUAUGACCGUAUCUGAUCAUAGUCACUGUCAUGUCCUUACAAAAAGCUUAGCAGUGCCUGGAGGAGAUUUUUAUCUCACCUGGUGUAACCUUAUUUUUAGUCUUGAAAUGGUUAGAAUUCAGUGAUCAAAAGUUCAAGGACACUGUGAUCUCUUGCACAAAAAAAUGGCCAUAACUUUACAAAUUGAUUCACUAGCUACAGCACAAUUUCACACAGAUCUCUAGGAUACAAUGAUGAACUUUUCCUUUUAAAACCCAGAAAAUCAAAUGGUUUUUCUUGUUUAUUUUGAAGAUCUUUCAUUUGAAUGUUUUUUGAUUCUGACCUCAUUGAUAGUGAAUGUUUGCCUCAAGGCUGUGAGCCACAACAGCAUCACAAGGGAGUGCAAUAUCUCAGCUCAUUUUUUGCGUGUUGUGGUUUUCAAAUAAAUUUAACCUCCUACCAGCCCAGUCAGAGUUGUUACUUAUUUUACUUACUUACUGGGGUCUUUACAAAAGAAGGCAGUUCUGGUUUUGAAAUGAGAUCCAUGUCUACCUUGCCACUAAGAGAUGUUCUCCAUUAGCGUCAUUCCCACAUCACUAUAGUUGUGCUCGUUGCAUAUAUGGACAGGUUUCAAUCUCAGGGGUUUGUCAGCCUGAGAAAAAAAGGUGAAGGUGCAUUUAAAGUUAAAACUAUGACAUAAAGAAAUGAAAUGUAGACAAAUUAGUUUCAGGAAUCUCAACAAAACAGACAGAGUUUGUAUAAAAGUCAAGAAUAUGGAUAAAACACUUAAAAACAACAACACACGGAUGCAGAUCUGCAGAGGCUUUAUUGCACACAAGACAGUCUGUGUUUUCUGUUGCUCAUUCUUAUGGCAGCAUUUUAUGACACUCUGUAAAGAUUAAAGGAUGCGUUAUGAGAAAUAGCACUUGACAGCGUGGAUGGCUCCUGUAGCAGUUUUGCCGUAGACCGAUGUGCACAAAGGUUAUUGAUUUGAAUAAUAUUCUGUCAUAGCCGGUCCCCUUGUGGUUCUAUUGUUGUGUGCUGUGGUAUGGAUCACUGCUCUCUGAUGACCAGCGAUUCAGCGUGUUUCAGAUGUCUUCAACAGUUAAUGUAGCGUUUUAACCUUAUUACUUUUGCUCGACUGAAUUGAACUGUCUGCGUGAGAUUACUGGGAAAAUUUUAUGUGUAUGACUGUGUGCCUGCUGUGCGUACUUGUGUUCACCCCUGCAUAUAGGCUGUACUCACAGUCGCUCAAAUAAAUAUGCUGUGUGCAGCUCUGUAUCUGUGAUAAAGCAGUUGUUCUUGUUUGUGUAUGUGUAACUAGCUGCUUGCAUUUGUGUACUCCUGUGCGUUUAUGCAUGCAUGAAAGUGUGUACCACUUUGUGAGGUCAUGAGUGUUUGUAAGGGUUCAUCUGUGUGUCCCUUUACUCUGCAGUGAUGUCUGCCACUUAUUUUUUGCCUGGGGUUGUCUUUGUGCAGAAUCAUCAUGACAGCCUCAGCCGCAGGCAUCUAUGGUAACUUCGGCCAGGCCAACUACAGCGCUGCCAAGCUGGGCUUGCUGGGCCUUUCAAACACCUUGGCCAUUGAGGGACGAAAGUACAACAUCCAUUGCAACACUAUUGCUCCUGUAGCAGGGUCGCGCCUCACAGAGACCGUCAUGCCCCCUGGUAAGCAGAGAGAUUAAAAAAUGCUUGAUUGCAUGCAGUUGGUCUGAAUAAUUUGACGUUCUGCAAGGCAUGCUGCUGAACAUGUGCGCACACACGCUCGUUUUGUGGGCAGAGCAAAAUAAACAAAUAGAUUUUAAACACUUUUCUCAGAACUGCAGCAUAAUGUUAUGCUCAUGUUGUGUUGAUUUACAAAAUUUAAGGCAGCAGCAGUCCCGUUUGACAUGCAAAUUUUUCAUGUAAUAUUCAAGAUCUGUGUUUUUCCUUUUUUUGCUCUUUCAACAGCCAUGAUGAAAUCAUGCACCCUGGAAGUGUUUUAAAAGUUUUAAUGUGUGAGCUCUUGAUUUUAACAGGCGGCUGCAGCCCCCUAAUUUUACUGUAGGUGUUAGCUGUGCUUUAAAAAAUCUGAGUAGGCAUGUUAAUGACGCAGUCAUAUUUUUCAUGGUAAAAAUAUUACUUAGAGCGGGUGGUAAUGCAGCAGUUGUUGCCUACAGGUAACACCAUGAGUUAUAGCUCAGAAAAGCCCAUAAAACUAAAACUCUUCAUUUAUUGCUUGCUGUCUUUUAAAAGGACCUGAUGUUCCCAUGUGGGGGAGCAGUGUUUUUCCAAACUAGCAAACCCUGGGUGUCCACGCGCCUAUACAUUUUGAAAAUGUUGUCCAUGCUCUGUGGCUCUAGACCAGCUAACUGACAGGGGUAUACACUGACAGAUUAAAGGAACGGUGCUGUUGCCCUGCCGUGCUGAUCUAACCGCAGCAUCUGUCACACUGCACGGUGCCGACUGUCACAGGAUGACUUCACCUUAGAAAAUGACUCGGUUCCAUAUGUUGGCUUUCACUGACUCAGGCUUUUCUAAAAAACAAACAACCGAUAUCAUCCUGCUCAACGUUGUCGACUGCAGGGAAAGGGAGUGCCUGUUCUCCUGCCAUCCCAUUUUGUUGAUUAAAGAGUACCAAUAUUUUCAGCUCACAUAUGGUGCCUAGUGUUUAAUCUUUAUUGAAUCAUAUGGGGGAUAAACAGUUUCCCCAUAUUAACUGCAUUUAUAAAAUGCAUCUGAAGUACUGUUGGUUCCUCCUUUCAUUGAUCAGAUUUUACAAAUGAACAGAUCAGUCACUUAAAAAUGACAUUGACCUGGCUCUGUGCUCCCUGGCAUUCAAAGGCUGGUCUGUUUCUGCUUCAUUUAACAGUGCUAAUGUUAAUGCAUGUUUUUUUAGCAGUUGUCUGGUCUAGCUGAUGAUUUUUGGAGUGAAUCACAUCGACGAGUGAGUGCUCUGUCCAAAUAGUAGGACAAAAAGUCAAAUAAGCCUGCUGUACUUGCAUCAAUCAAGAGCAGCAUGGUUUCCAAACAUGUAGCUUCAUCUUGAAUGGCUCACUUACAAAUGCCACUUAGAGAUUUAAAACCCAUAUUCUCCUUUCUUUAUUUGACUAAACAGUGUCUUGUGUUUUGUGUCUGUUUGCACUGGUCUAAGGGGAACAAAUGCUUGAGGCUUGUGGGAUAUCUCCUACUGUGCUUUCAUAGUACUAUCUAAAUGAGUAAAAUGAACGGUCGGAGCAUCAUUUUCACGACACACUACCAACCAAACAGAGACAGUGAAGCAGAAGCACCCCUCUGCUCUUUGGGUCAGUUGUAUAACAGAUGUGCAAUAAAAAGAAGCUGUGCUGUUUUUUUAUGAGUGUGUAUUUUGUUUUAUUUAGACCUGGUGGCGUCUCUGAAGCCCGAGUAUGUUGCUCCCAUGGUCCUCUGGCUCUGUCAUGAACAGUGCCAAGAAAACGGUGGGCUGUUUGAGGUAAACAGAAAAAAAACACUUCUUGCCCAAACACUAUUUGAAGGUUCCUUUCUAUAUUUAUUUUAUGAUUAAUAAAAAAAAUGCAAUAGUUUUGGAAAGCAACAUCUAUUUUCUGUAUGUUUGCUCAUCUGAUCGUAUUUUAUCUCCUGUCAGGUCGGUGCAGGCUGGAUUGGUAAAUGUGAGUAUUGUGUAUUUUUCCCGAGGAAAUGUCUCUAUGCAUUUAUAAUAUUCUGUAGCCCUGGGUCCAGUAGGAUUGUAUGAAUGCGAUUUUCUGUUUUUCCCCCUCUGGUUAACGACCUCUUUUAUUUGUACGUGUCCAUGUGUGCAGUGCGCUGGGAGCGUUCUCAGGGCUGCACAGUGAGACAAAAGAACCAACCCAUGACUCCUGAGGCUGUCAGGGACCAGUGGGAGAAAAUCUGUGAUUUUACAGAUGCCACCAAACCUAACAGUAUCCAAGGUCAGUGCUGUAUUUAAUGGUUGAAUACAUGUGUGCAUACAAAGUAACCUGCAAAGCCUGUACAUGUGAGCAGAAUGUAGGCACAAACAAUUGCACUAAAAACUAAAAGUAGUUGUUAGUUUCAUGGUCAUUUUUCAUGUGAUAUAUCUUUGAAAUAGUAUUUUUUUUUUUUUACAUUUAGACAUUAAAAAGAAGGCUUUGUCUUUUUCCAUUGAUGCACACCAUUUAGAAAUCCUGUAAGGAGGGAGUGAACAUUCUUAUUAACAGCACUGUUGGAGCUACGGACAUAGGUUAAAAUAUGUGUAUGGAUAUGGAUGGCUAAAGAUAGGAGCUGGGAAAGCUUGGAGUCAGAGUAGCAGGGUAUCAGAGCAUAUGAAGCACAGCAGGCAGCAAAGAAAUCUAGUACAAGAAAAAAAAUACCUCCACUAAGAAACUAUACUUGGCAGUAAUGAAUAGUAGCCUGAAAAAAAAAAAGAACAUAAUCACACACUUUUCUAGUCAGUGGGGAUUUAAUAGGAUAUACAGUUCUGUGAAUAUGAAAAUGUGAAAGUGCAGUAAUCAGAUAUGAAAAGAAAUAAGGCGAUAUAAUUCCCAGUGUUUUUUUUUUUAUCAAAGUUUGGAAAUGCACUCAUGUUAAAGUGAUUAAUCUAGUAGAGCAGAUGGCGUUAUCAUUAUUAAAAAAGAAGACCUCCAAUAAGCUGAGGACACUUUCGUUCGAGCAACAAAAUUGGUAUUUAAAAUAAUAAACAGAGCACAUGUUUAGUUCAGUCGCCGUGUGUUCACACCGUUCCACUGCUUUUGUAAGAGUGCACCAAAUUUCCAGCCAAUCGAGCCCUUUUUACUCUCAGCUCAUCUGUGUUUACAAAGAGGUUAGUAACAACUCGCUCAAACAAGAUGGUGUUAGAGAUCAAGUGAGUGAGCAGGAGGAAAGAUGAGGAGGUACACAAGAUGUAGAGUAUGAACAAGCCUUGCGCUGUUCCCUGUCAGUUCAACAACAUGAAGGUGGUAGAUGAUUAUUAUUUCCUUCCGCCUCCUCCACCCCUCUCUGUGCUCUUAGAUGCACGUUUGAAGAAAGCGUGGAGGUGUUAACAUUAACUGAGCGAAGGUGGCAGUCCAACAGGGUGCUAGCUGGCCUCAUUAGCAUUGCUUUGUUGUGCCUCAGCAUUUGUAGGUUACUACAGCGACUUGUUGCUGCCUGUUUUAUAACUGACAGUAAUUAGUCCUUUAGUCUUCAUCGCCUAUUUCACUGUUGCUACCCUGAAUCAGCCCUCUUUCUUUUCUUUUUGCCGAAUCUGAUUAGGCAUUCAUGGCUUGUGUUACCUGUUUGGAUGUAUUUACCGUCUCUUCUUAGGCAAAGUGAGAACAAACAAUGCAGACUCAAAGCUUCAAGUAUGUAAACAUCUGAUAGGAUAGAGAACUGAUAAUGUGGAUCUCACAGCCCCUUUGUGAAUUUUAAAGCUGCUCCUGGCUUACUGUGUGUCAGUUUGAGAUUCUUACUGUUUGUUGAUAUCUCCCUGGAAUUCUUUUCACUUUGCUUCAGUCAGCGAGCGUCAGAAAAACAAACUUUUUUGUUGUCUUUGAGGGCAUGAAAUCCUGAAGCUUUUACUGCAAAAGAUCAGAUUUUAUGGUUUCUACCUGGUGAGGACUUAGAGUAGGGAAAAUAUUGAUAGAUGGGUAGAUAGAUAGAUAGAUAGAUAGAUAGAUAGAUAGAUAGAUAGAUAGAUAGAUAGAUAGAUAGGCACACAGAUUAUAUGACAAAUACAUAGAAGCCUCUAUUGUUACUGUAGGAAAAAUACUAUGAAAUUGCAAUUGGCCCCCUGGAGUGCUUAAAAAAAGAGACCACAUUCAAAGUGAAACACAUCCACCCAAUAUUUAAGUUAUAAAACCACUCAUACAAGUGGGAACAGUGUUUAAAUAGAGAAUCUAGCAUAGAGAAAAAAAAAUUCAAUGGUAAUUAAAUGUAGAGAUUGUUUGAGAGCAUUUUGACAUUGUGGUGUUGUUAUAAUUUUUGUUUGCAGUCUCUGUCUUCACUUGUAUUUCAAACUGGCAACAAUUGGUGAAAAUAGCGUCUCAUUGUAGGAAAGAGGUUUUCUUUUUUUUCUGUUUUUGUGCAUUUUUGGAGAGAAAGGACCUGUGGAUAGCACAGGCGAGGACUGGCAUGCAGAGAAGGAGUCACAGGCUGGAAUUGAACCCUAGCUCUCCAUGUGAGGGACAGCCUUGAUACAUUACAUGGUGCGCGCUUCGACUGGAAGGCCAGUGGCACCCUGAGAAUAGAUUUGAAGGUGUAUUUGCAGAUGUAGGUCCUCAGCUUUACCACAAGGAUUAUAGCAAAACAGAACAGGGCAGAGCUGCAGGCACUUGUUUGACACAGUCAACUAUGUGUGGGCUUAAGAGAGCAGGAACAUUUACCUGUCUCACUCAGUUUAGCAUGCAAUGAGGAAUCAAUAACUUUGAUUCAGUGUGUUUGCCAUCGAUACUGGUCUGGCUACUAUCAAGCCCCCUUCCCAGGUGCCAAAUGAAGAAAAAAGAGCCAUGUGCAGAAUAAUUUUGAAUCUGGAGACACUGCCUUUCCUUGAAUUUGAAAAUACCUUGCUUUCUCAUGUAAGGUGUCAUAAUGUCAUGCAACUAAAAAGAAUGAGAAUGAAGAGGUUAAAUCAGCUAAAAAGAAUGAUUAAACCAAGGAUGAAGAUUAGCGAAAGAUAGGCAGUGCAAGGGUGGUUGGUAAACUUUUGAAGGGUUAAAAUCUGUAAAAAAAAACAAAUGAAUAAUCGUAUUAUCUCUGCUUCUCAUGUUUAUUUUCUGUUCUUCUGUAUUUUGUUUCCUGUGCUUCUAUUGAUUAGUCAUCUUUUCCAUUUUUUGCAGAGUCUUUACAGUCAGUUGUGACUGUGCUGUCUCGAGUGGAGUCUGAAGGAGAAGUUGAUGCCAAUCCAACAGCUGCUUCCGCUUCUGCUGCGUCUGCUUCAGGGAUCAAUCCUGUGAGUAGAAACGGCAAUUGAUUCCUUUUUUCCUCAACAGUUAUGUGUACCUUAUGUGAAAGUGUUGGCGAAUUUAGAGACAUCUUUUACCAAAAAGAGGCCUCAAAGAGGAAUAAGGUAUUUAAAAUUGAAUUGAUUAAGGUCUUGAAUAGGAUCUUCUUGUCUGCUGUUCAGAAACACGAGUUAAUAAUUGUGUUUGCAUCAAGCUGAGAGCUGACAGUUGGCGGAUCAAAUGCACUAAAAUUGGAACUGUUAAAACAGCUUAUUGCGUGUGCCAGAGGAUGUUGAUCUCGGUUCUGUAAAUUUACAGUCAGUUUCAUCAGACCUGUAAAAACAUCAUCACUGUUGCAAGCUAGAGAGCCCACUGACAUACAGCGGGAAUGUUGCCUUAGAUAAAGCAAACUGAAUGAGUUGUUCUUAUUUGGUAAAGCCACUCAUACAUUUCAUGCUGCUUAUCCAUGUCCAGAUCAAAUGAGUGUAAUUACUUUUAUCAUUAGAAAUCAUUGUAAUGGUCUGCUGGAAGGUACCAGCAGUGUGUGAAUAAGUAAUUCCAGGCCACUGGCUUUCUAAUAUACAAACAUCCUAACUGUAUGAUUGUGAAACAGGCUUUAGAUUUUGAUCUGAAAGGAAUCAGGAGAGGAAGUUUUAAAAGUGAGUCGGUUAAUUUUACAAAAACCCUGCCAUUACAUGUCAGACUUUUGCACGAGUAUUACAAAACCCCAUUCCAUUGAAGUUAGGAAGUUGUGAUAAAUGUAAAUAAGAACAGAAUUCAAUGAUUUGCAAAUCCUUUUCAACCUAUAUUCAGUUGAAUAAACUACAAAGACGAGAUAUUUAAUGUUCAAACUCAUAAACUUUUUUUUUUUUUUUCAAAUAAUAAUUAACUCUGAAUUUCAUGGCUGCAACACGUGCCAAAGUAGUUGGGAUAGGGGCAUGUUUACCACUGUGUUACAUCCCCUUUCCUUUUAACAACACUCAGUUAAUAUUUGGGAACUGAGGAGACUAAUUGUUGAAGAUUUGAAGGUGGAAUUCUUUCCCAUUCUUGCUUGAUGUACAGCUUCAGUUGUUCAACAGUCCGGGGUCUCCGUUGUCGAAUUUUACGCUUCAAAAUGCGCCACACAUUUUCAAUGGGAGACAGGUCUGGACUGCAAUGUUAAACAUAUCUGUGUCCUGAGAAUGAUCGCCCACAAUCAGUCAGUUAUUGGCUUAGUCCCAGAGUCUCUUAAGGCCAUUGUUGAGAGGAGGAACAGGUCUAAAUUAAAAUCAAUCCUGGGCUACAAAAACCAUCCAUUGCACUAUGUCUGCAAAGAUCUUGAAGGCUCUUUUAGUGAGCGACUUGUGAUGACUUGGUGCUCCACUGAAUGACUGAGAAAGUCUUGUGUUUCAGCAGCAGUGAGAUUUUUUAACAGUGUAUGUUAGGGUCUUACUUGGCACUGCUGCAUAGUUUGUAGAGGUAUUUAUUUUAGUAUUUAUUCAUUUCUAUCAGGCUUUUGUUGUAUUUCAUCAUGUCCUUAUCUUUUAUUGUAACACUUUUAAAUCAUGUUUCAUUAGGCUUUACUGUGUUGGUUGUGUAUCUGGUGUUGAGUCUAUGUUUUUCUGAUGUCUCCAUGCUGUUGUCCGUAUGAGUCGUCUUGUCCUGGUGGUGAAAUAGUUUCCCCCAUGCGGGAUCAAUAAAGUCUACGUUACCUUACUUUAAUGGCAGCUUCUGUGCCCCUCUUCCUUUUCUCUUCAUUUCUGUUUGUCGCCUCGUCUCCCUGUCAGGUUUUUCCUUCACCUUAUUUGCCUCUCCUCUAUCCGUUCCCUGACUGCAACUGUAGUUGCAACUCUAAUGGUUGGUUGAUAAUGACUUCUGAAAGUUUCGAGCUGUAAAAUCUCAGACUGUUUCAAAAAUGGCAGCUCAUGACUCUUUAAUACCACCACACUGUAUUUAGUCAGGGACACUAAUAUCCUCCUCAGCAAAGCUCCUACAACAUACAUGAGUACUUUGACGUCUCUUGUAAAUAUGAGACAGUGACGCACCAGAUAGGUGUCAGCUCACAUUAGCUCUUAAAACGCGAUGUACAAAGGAUGCUGCGGCACAAUAGCAGCAGCAAUGGCUCCCUUGACGGUUGCUCCCUCACUUCAUCGUGUUCCCUAUCAUCGAAUAACAGAAAGUGAACUGGUUGCAUUUAACACAUGGCUGAGUCGCUUAAAUAAAACAUUUAGCCACAAGUUUUAGUGUACCACAUUAAAAAAUUAUCUACGGAAACAGCCUCGAUUUUGUGUCGAGCUAGUUGUAGCAUGCAGUGGUGAGACUCAGUCAACAGCUUAAUCUGUAUAUGUCAUCCUGCUCUAACAGGUGAUCGAACCUUUUUCUUUGCUGUGGGUGAAUUGUCCUCAUGCAAGAGGAGAAACAGCUUGCAAACUGAAUGAACCCCGGGCACUACAUCUAUCUGAGUAUUACAUAAACAUGUUACUCAUUCAUCAUAAUGGCAGACCAGACAGAGACAAGUGCAUAGUGUGCAAAACUUUAUGAGAAUAGAUUAUGUUUGUAGUUUACAGUAUUAUUUACUGUAGUGUUUGAUCAUGCAAUGUCAAACAACAUUUCAAAAUAAUUUAGUAAGGUUGGGUUUCAUUCAAAUGUGAUACAACAACCUGCAAAUAAAACUUUUUUAUGUCUAAAUGUUAAAUUGAAUUAUUUUAAUAUUGCUCUCAAUUUAUUUGAAGAAUGAAACCUUGAUAAUGGUGGUUAGAGGGAUAUUCCAGCAUAAGAUAAUUUAGGGUCAAACACCGAGUCAGACACCCCCUCGAGAGAUAAAUGUUGCAGACCGCUUUCUUCUCUAGUUAUACCAACUUUAGUAAUGACCCCAGGAUAGCAAUGCACAGCGGUCUGAGGAGCCACAAACAAACCUCAACCAAAACACCACUCUAUAACCACAAAUAAUGCUCAGAAGCACCUAACUUCAUCAACAGUACAUAUAGAGUCCCAGCCAUAGCACUAGCCACCAAACAUCUUUUUAGCUUUGCCUAAUUUCUUUAGCAAAGAGACUAAACACAACUCACCUUCUCUCUUCCAUCAGCUGCUUGUUUGUAGCGAGACCUCGGGCUAAUCAAUUUCAGACUACAGUGGGGUGACGCAGCUCAAGGAAGAAUAUUUAUGAUCAUUUUUUCAUCAUUUCCCUGAAGUCAUAAUCAUCAUAUUAAUCAUUUUGCACUGCAGGCACUGUAGUUCUUCUGCCUUAGCGUCUUGGUCUGAUCGCAUUUCCAUGAAGUAAUAAUCAUAAAUGUUCUUCCUUGAGCUGCGUCACCCCGCUGCAGUCCGUAAUGGACUGGCCCGAGCUCUCCCUACAAACAAGCGGCUGCUGGAAGAUAGUGGGUGAGUUGUGUUUAGUCUCUUUGCUAAAGAAAUCAGGCAAAGUUAAAAAGAUGUUUGAUGACUAGUGCUAUGGCUAGGACCCCAAAUGUACCAUUGAUGAAGCUAGAUGCUGUUCUGAGCAUUAUUUGUGGCUAUAGAGUGGCGUUUUGGUUGAGGUUUAUUUGUGGCUCCUCAGACCGCUGUGCAUUGCUAUCCUGCGGUCAUUACUAAAGUUGGUAUAACUAGAGAAUCAAGCGGUUGGCAACAUUUAUCUCUAGAGGGGUUGUCUAACUCGGUGUUACGGUGUGUUUUGACCCUAAAUAAAUUUUAAUAUCCCUUUAAUGGCUGAUCAGUCCCCAGCAGAGGAAAGAAGAAAUGAGGUGGAAAACAGUUCAAGAAUAAGUGAGGGUUCUUACAAACACACAAGAAUCUGAGCAGAAGAAACGUUGUUCAAACCGGGGGAAACAGACACCAAACAUUUAUUGUUAAGCCUUUACUGCAAAUUAAACUGUCAACUCUGAGAUAUAUUGGUAAAACACUUAAUGUUUACACUUCACAAUGAAUCAAAAUGAAUGACCCCUGCUGAACUUUUCAAGUUUUAGAAGCGUGGAUGCAUUUGCCAGGGAAAAAGCUAACUUAAGGCUAUUAAAGCACUACAUCAUGGGUGGCACAGGUUCAAGAACAACAACAACACUUAGCUCUCACUUGUUUGUGUUUGGUUUGUCGACAUUUGAUGUCCAUGACAGCAUCCCUUCCCUCAUUUGAAAAUCUCUCUGUUAACCUACUUCUUCAAAGGCUCAAAAGCUUAAACACUCAUAAGUGGGUCAUUAUGAAGCCUCAUUUCAGGAAUCCAGCAAAAAAACCUUCGCCAGAAAAAUCAACGAAACAAAAUGCCAAAAUGCUGCUAACACAGUUAUGGGUUUUAGGACUCAUAUAAGUGCAUUCAAUAGUGUAAUACAACAUGAAUAAGGAGCAGGAAAUAGGAGCAUGAGCCAGUGUGCUAGACUGGGAGUAGUUCAAAUCUAAGUUGUGAGGAUACAUUGAACUGCAAGAAUGUUCAUAUUCUGUUUCCUCUUCUGGUAAAUGUAACAAAUCUUCAAUAAUUCAGCAUUGUCAGCUUAACCUCUCAUGUCAGAAACCAUAAUCUUUUACUGUAUGUACAGCAGUAAGUGGACGUAAAUAUUUAAAAACAGAAGAAGACACACUUUUGAGAAGAACAAUCUGUUUUAUGUUCCGUGUGAUAACGUAUCACUCAGCUUCACUUUAUAAAGUUUCACUUCCUAAGAUGAUGUUUAAUGAUGUACACUCAGAGGUCCCGGGUUUCACCGGCCUCUCCACUGUGUUGUUGGCAGGGAUGUGUGUGUGGAUCUCUGUGUAUGUCAAUGUUUUUGUAUGUCUCUAUGCAUUUCUGUCUGGACUGGAGAUUUGGAACAGUCAUAAUAUAGCCUCAAGACAAACAUCACCAUUGUGUCCUCAGCUGACCUAGCUCUGCGAUAUUCUUUUAGUACACACAACUGACGUGGCCUUUGUCAUUGUAUGGUGCAUGUGCUGUCGUUAUACCAAGCUGUGCCAGUGCUAAGUUACCUCUGUGGUUGUAGUUAUUUCAUGUCAUUCACAUCUCACAUGUCUAAUAAUGUUGUUAUAUAAUGUUGUUGUAUGAUAUAAUUAGGUAAGUGAAGCAAAAAUAUCUGUAGCGUCACAUUAGCUCUACCUCACUUAACAUUGCUCUCUGCGUUCACAUGUACUCUUGGGUCAUGUAGUUGUAUUCUCAUGGGGCGUUUAUGUAUGCAAUUGUGCUCAAGCAAACCUAUUUCACUGAGUUAAGUCCAAUUGUCCAAAAGUCCAAAUUAUGAAUGAGAUGAUAGACAGAUAACAGAUGUUCUACUUUCCUGAGCUUCAAAAGACUUUCUCCACACAGUGUCCUGAAUGUCUGAUCACUGCUCUGAGUCUCGGCUCAUUUUCAGGAAGCCCGUUAAAUACAAUGCCGACACAAAAAUCGAACACCCCUCUGUUUCUGGCCCCUGCUCGGCUCUGGCCACCAUUCAAGUUCAGUAUCUGUUUUAAAAGGUGCUGAUCACCUAUAGGCCUGUGCCCAAACUGCCUCAGGAGAGUGCAUUCACAAAUUGCUGAUUCGUCCUUACACUGAGAUCCCAUGAGUCUUAAAACAAGUGAUGGUUGAUGAUCAGAGAGUCGAUUAAACUUUUUACUUUGUUGCUUCAUUUUUCUUUCAUCAGUCUCCCUGUUUAUCUUAUUGCCGUAUCAAUCUGCUGUUUAAAAAGAGUCUGCUGUUUUCCACUGUUACUGUGUUGUCCAUAACACAUGCAUCAGGUUUUGCUAAGCAGGUGUACACAAAAAAGAUGAGUCCUGGGGUGCUGCUGGCCUAGUGGUCCAAGUGCACACCCCAUAUAUGGAGGAACACAAAUGUUUGUGUUGAAUAAUUAUUUACAAUCUUAAAAAAAAUAAUUUUAUGUCCAGCCUAUAUUAUUUGAUAAGACUGAUUAAUUCCUGCUGUUUGCGUUUAAAGGUGGGGUAGGCAGGAUCUGAGGAAGUGCCAGUUUUUGGGGAGAAAUCUUGAAUGUAAACACUACCCCUUCCAACCAGUUUUCCCCUCCCUCUCUGCUCCAGCAAGCCCCGCCCACAAACAGAUGUUCCUGCUCGCUCGUAUCGUUUCAAUUAAAUUCAGAUAUAAUGCAGAUAAACACUUAAGGUAAUUACAAAUGGGUCCCAGUCAACGUGAAACUAAAAAGCAUUGGUGCUAUUGUAGAUGCCAACAGACUACCAGCAAACACAAUGUUUGCAGGACUUCUGCAUCUAGGAUAAAGUGACAUACUCCAGGACCCGAGGUAAACAGUUUAGCGGCGCUACAACACGCAGCAGGUCCCGUUUGAUAAGAAACACUUCUGUCACAGACGCUUGGCUUACUUUGUUAAAGCAGAAAGGUUAAAGGGUCCAUGAGAUCCCAGAGUGUCCCCCAUCAUUGUUGACCCGGCUUUUUAGCUCUUGUCCGGGUGGUCUACCUCCUUUUUAAGUGUCUGCUAUUCCGCCAGAGUCUCUGGUAUUUACUUCGUUUUCUUGCUUGUGUUGGCAGUCGUGGCCAAAGGAGGAUUCAGACAAUUUUCCGUACUUUCUGGUCAGUUUCUGUUGUCCAAUAUUGUAGCACGCUAACUUUGUUUGGGCUUCUGAAUGACACGGGGGAGCAGCGUCCGCCUCACAACCAAUCAGGUUGGGGGAGGUGGAGAAUGGCUUUGUUUGCGGUCAGAAAGGGCGGUGCGCCCAAAAAAUUUACAAUGUUGACUACACAGACAUAACAAAACACAGCGAUAUCGUUUCAUUACCAAAUGUCAUCAAUAACUAAUAUCUAUUGACUGAUAUCAAAAGCUUUUUUGUAUAUACACCACAAAAAAAUGCUUCUUUAAUGGAUUCCUGCCUACCCCACCUUUAGAUCAAAGUAUUUGUAAUUAAAGACUGUGAUGUGACGGUAAUCCACCAUUCAUCGAAUUUCCCUUGAGGAUAGAUAAAGUUCUUGUAUCAUCUUAUGUGUGAACAAGAUGACUUUCCUGCCAAGCAUAUAUUCUGUGUAAACAACAGUGUAGUAUUUAAAUUGUUAGUGUAAAAAGCGAACAAUCUAACUCUAAAAUCCUCUCUUCCCUCAUUAGGCUGCAGCAGUGGGACAAAAAUUACCACCGACCACGUUCAGCUUCAACCAUGUUCAGUGUAUCCUCUACGCGCUGGGGGUUGGCAUGUCCACCCAGGACCCAGACCAUCUACGGUAUGUAUCCUAUAUAACUGUGAUUAAUCUGUGGAGUUUAUAAGUGUGAAGCUGUGCGAAGUUCACCCACUAAUUAAACCCAAAAGACUUCUGAUACCAGAUCUAAUCCUGCACCUCUAGAUGUACAGAAUCUGUAAAUAGAGAGCUACUCACAUUGCCUCCAUGGAUUUUCAUGGCUUUAUAAUUCUUCACAGGUUCCUGUAUGAAGGCCACCAAGACUUUGGUGCCCUCCCGACCUUUGGGGUCAUUCCCUCUCAGGCAGCCAUGAUGGAAGGUGGCUUGAACUCAGUCCCUGGACUCAACAUUGAUUUUACACAGGUCAGAAAAAUAACAUGUGAGGGUAUAAUGGUCUGUUCAGGUGGCUGUGAGAGUGUUGUUGUGGUUAUCUGUGCGUGUUUGUAUUAAUAAUGUAUGUCACACAGACUUGGCAGGUGUUGAAAACAGCCAUGUAUCCCACAUUCAUCAUGCUAAAUUCUCAGCAGCUGUUGUAUUUUGUGUCAGGUGUUGCAUGGAGAGCAGUAUCUGGAGCUUCUCAAACCUCUACCAACCUCAGGUAUUUUCCUCCUGCAUGUACUUAAAUCCAUCGACUCAGUUGUCUAUAAAUACUUGAUGUAAUUACUGCAGAAGUAACAUAAAAACAAGGGCAUUAAAAGGAUGGAGUAAUUUUACUGUAUGUAACACAUUCUGAAAGUGGGGUCAGCCUGAGUUUAAUAGGUAAUUAAGACUUGACAUUAAGUACUUUUAUUGGUCUUUGUUUUUAUGGUUCUUUAGAGAAUGGGAUCUCGUAUACAAGGCCAGUUUACCUCUUAAGCCCUGAUAGAUAUUUCACUGUGUGAUUAUGUCCUCUAAAAGCCAAUGCCUGAGCUGAAGAACAUUCAGCCUGGCUCCUGUUUGAGCCUUUUUGUUUGUCACUCAACUCAACCAUGGAGGAACUGUUUUUAUAUUUUAAUGAAGCAACACAACAGGAGACUUCACCUUGUCAAUAGCAAGCCUGUGGCCUGCAGUGUGGCUAGUGGGGAAAUUCAGAGCUAGUUAAUGAUAUUAAAUGUAUUAGUAACACUUUAUUUGACGCCUAUCUCUACAACACAUUAUAAAUAUAUGUGUAAUGCGUUGUAAUUACGUUAUAGCACUGUAUAGCUGUGGUUAUAAACACUCAUAAAUGAUCAUAAUGCUUUAUAGCAAUAAUCAUAACACAUUAUAAAGCAUUUUAUAAUGGGUUAUAACUGUUAACAACAGUUCCAUUGCUGUUAACAGUUAUAACACAUUAUAAUACCUGACCUUGUAAGUCAUGAUAAAAUGCUUUAUGAAGUGUUAUGAUUAUUGCUAUAAAGCAUUAUGAUCAUUUAUGAGUGUUUAUAACUAUAGUUCUACAGUGCUAUAACGUGAUUAUAACACAUUAUACAUAUAUUUAUAAUGUGUUAUAGAGAGAGGCGUCAAAUAAAGUGUUACCAAUGUAUCUCUUAAGUGCAUUUGUAAAUAAGAUGAAAAGAUCUGAUAUCUAAAUGAGUAAGUAUCAUUUCAGGUACACUGACCUCUGAGGCCACUAUAGCAGACGUGUUGGACAAAGGAUCUGGAGCCCUCAUUCUCUUGGAUGGUGAGUGUCAAAAUGAGUUUCAUACGGGGUAUUAAUUCCAUAUAAACUUGUUUUCAUCACUCUAAUGUGUCUUUUCUUGAAAGCUGCCUCUCAGGCUGAAUUAAUGAAAGUUAAUUUUCAGUCUGUGUCUGCAGGGAUUGAAAUAAUGGAGUGGGAAUGACUCUUCUUUUUGUUUGACAAUUCUAUAGAGAAAGAAUUAGAACCACUCUGAUCUAUAAUUAAUCCGACUUAAAACAAAUAACAUUAGGCCCUGAGGUUCCCUGAGGAUUCACACGGGGAGAAACUUCACCUAAUUUCUUCAUUCACAGUAAGGCCGUCAGUUUCUGUUCUCCUCCUGGAGAGUGAAAGUAAAGUUGUUUGUGGCUGAGACGGCAUGUCACAGAAAUGUCCUGCAGAGGCAGCUCUGUUUGUUUUUAUGCCUGGUUAUGUUCUCAACUGGCCCUAAUGAAAUUAACCAGCCCGUACGGUGAAAGGAGUGUGGAUUAGAUUCCUUGUGACAGCUGCUAAUUGUUUCUUCACAGUCUCUUUCCAUGUGGGCUGCUCAUUGUGCUCUAAAUAAACAAUAAAUGUGCUGUGAUGAGCAAAUGUGGCUGAAGCAGGUGUUAUUUUGAUUGUGAUUAUUGUUAUACUUAAUGUCAGGAUGUUACAUUGUGUUGAGUUAAAUUUUAUUAAGGGUGACAUUAAUUAGUAUCUACUUAUAAAUAACAAAGCGGUGAAGGAGAUCUCACUUGAAGAUGAAAUGUAGCACCAUUGUAUCUGAAUGUCUUGUCGUCUUUGUUUCUUUUGAUUUUACGACAUUGAAAAUAGAAAUUUUUACAAAAUAGUGCGUCGCUUUGGAUGUUCUUCAUGUGCCACGUUUGUACUGCUUCACAGUAAACACCUACAAUGGCAAUGAGCUGGUUUGUUACAACCAGUUUUCAGUGUUUGUAGUCGGAGCCGGAGGGUUCGGAGGGAAGAGAACAUCUGAGAAAGCCAAGGUACAUGUUCUGCAUCAGCUUGACUUGAACAGAAAUUUUCAGGAAUGACAUCAGAAGUAAACACUGCCUUAUUUUUUGGGGUUUUUCAUUUGUUUUUUUUUGUUUCCUUUAGGCGGCUCUGCCUCCACCUAAUCGAGCACCAGAUGCUGUGGUGAUUGAUUCCACCACCAGAGACCAAGUGAGUGCCGCUGUGUGGGUUUAACUUUCAGAAUAAAUCAGAGGCAUUGAUGAAAUGUGGGUGAAAAUAGGACAUACUGCUUUGUGGCUUUUUAAAUAAUCACUCUAGACAAAAUGUUAAGUGUUGAACAAGGUUUUCAUGCUGGAGCGGCAACUGUAUGAUGCAGCAGAAAUUAAAAUGAAAGGAAACUAAAAAACUGGAUCCCUUGAGCGAUUUAGACGACUGCAACUGUAUCACUUCAAAGCCGUUUUUAUUUUAGGUAUCUCUGCUACUGCCCUCAUAAUAAUUUAAUUUCACUUCACAUCUGUGUAAGGAAAGUUCAGGGGUUUAUGAAUUAGAUAUAGAUCUAAACAAUAUCUGUUUCCCCUGUGGUUACAGGCAGCCUUGUAUCGUCUGAGCGGAGACUGGAACCCUCUUCACAUAGACCCUGACUUUGCUGCUAUGGGAGGUGAGACUCCCUUUUGCAGUGUUUCCCAUCAAAAAAGUCUUCAUUUCUUUUAGUUAGACUGACCAUAGACUGUGUAUACUGUGGACAACUUGGUUCCGCCUACCGCCUGUAUACAGAUUUGAAGCCAAAAAGCUCUCGAUAUUAUUUUAUUUUUCUUCAUUUCCUGAAACCAGCGCUGCGCAGUAGCGAUGCGCGCAUUCGGCCGCUGUGAUGACACUCGGCUCAAACAGCAUAUCCCCGGGUGAGCUACGCAAUCCCUGAAUUCCCACAGGCUGUAUCAGGUGUCAAUCAUAGAAAACAUGAACCCCCUAAUAACUUUUAAAAACGGAGCUUCACAGAAAAAAGAGGAGUUGAGCACAAACCAGUCUUACAGUAACUACAUGUCAACAUCACAACCAGGGGGGGAGAAAAAUUAUGUUCUGUGUAAUAAAUUUCUAAAGUUUAUCCACAGCCCCAUAAGCUUUGCUGGCAGAGGCGGGAUUUAUGACCUUUACUGCAGCCCAUCAACAGAGGGUGCUGUUCUCGGAGUGGCUUCACCCAGCGAGGAGGGAGACUCUGUCCAUUUUAUAUACAGUCUAUGGUUAGGACUCGAUCCUUCUCUGGGAUUUUAGGUCAAAUGAUACAUUUUGAUCUCAUUUAUUCUUAAACAUGCUGUGCUUUAAAAUGCUCUUUGGUUAGGCUUCAAGGCUCCCAUCCUGCACGGCUUGUGCUCGUUCGGUUUCGCUGCGAGACAUGUCCUCAAGCAGUUUGCAGACAACGACCCCUCCAGAUUCAAGGCUAUCAAGGUACUCCUCACCUGUGGCUUCUUACAUGCAUUUUAUAAAUCAGGAGGCCUCACACAAGAGCUAAGUUUAGAUUUAAUUAAAGCAAUUCAAAUCCUGUGGUGAGAAGUGUUUGGAAGAUGACUAAUCUUUGAUUUAGGAAUUAGGGAUGCAUGAAUCUGAAUGAAUUUGCAUUAAAACUCGCAAAGAAGUACAAAUUCAAUAAAAGAAGUCUUCUUUUCAGGCUUACUAAAACAAAAUCACUUUGGGUUUAACUAUGGAGAAGAGGAAUCGAUCAAUUAAUCAAUCAGUUUAUGCUCUCUUAGGUUCGCUUUGUGAAGCCGGUGAUGCCGGGUCAGUCCCUGCAGACUGAGAUGUGGAAGGAAGGCAACAGGAUUCACAUCCAGUGCAAAGUCAGUCGCUUCAAAUGAGUCUGAUGAUGGUUAACGUUCCAACAGAUUCAUGAAUUAAUGAAUGAGCCGGAUUUGACCUCUGUGAAUAUCCAGCAUGUGUUGUCCUCAAUGAGGCUCUUCACUGUCAUCCAGGUGAAGGAGACAGAUGCUGUUGUGCUCUCUGGUGCCUACGUGGAUUUACACGGCUCAUCUGAGGCUUCCCCAGAAAAUCUGCAGGUAAGUUGGUCUGAGGACCGCUUCAUUCAAACAUCAUCCUGCUUUUUGUGCCUCAGUAGGUGACAGAGGAGGCUUAGACUCUGACUGGUAAUCCGAGGAUGAUCACUUGGUCUGCAGAGAACAAAGACAGGGCUCAAGACUCUGUUUUUGAGUUUUGUUUCUCAGUUUUUAGUCUUUUUUCAUUGUACUGUUGUUCAGAUUUAAAGGUAAUGCAUACUGAGUUGUCUAUCCCAGUAUUACUUUCACUGUUGUGUUUUAGAAAUUCUCACCUGCCCGGUUAGCAAAGGCGCAGAGCUAUAAUCCUGUUUUCACAAAUCAAAUCCUAAACCGUGGAGCCUGAGCCUUUAAACAGUUAAACUCUGACCUGAAAUCGGUCUUUAUAGUCUUCAUAUAAGAGUGUUUUUUUUUUUCUUCUGGCAGGGAGCAGGCCUUCAGAGUGAGCUGGUGUUUGCAGAGAUCGGACGCCGUAUCAAAGACUUGGGCUCUGAGCUGGUGAAGAAGGUGAAUGCUGUAUUCGGCUGGGAGAUCACCAAAGACGGCAAGAGCUCUGCACAGUGGAGUAAGUGCACUUUAUGCCUUAUUUAACACACCGCCUGUUCAGAGCCAUCACACUGCAAGAAAAGGAAUAUCAGUCCAGUUCAGAUUUGAAGUGUUCUACGAGAGGAAAUUCAUCCUGCAGUAAGGCUGCAUAACAAAACACAGCCACGGUUAAAGACGGUGAAAUAAGCAGCGGAGCACUCAGAGAACACAGUCCUCUGUCUAGACCAGUUCUCUGAGAGAUAGAAGCCUGUGAGUAAAACCACUUUGUGUCUGGAUCUGUUUCCAGGAGAAUGACAAUUAUAUUCAAAUGUGGUUGUGUGUAACUGAAGAUCCGCUUGAAUAUUUCUCAUGCUGAUGAAACAUUUGUUAAAACUCUGAAACUUUAUUUUUUUUAUUUUUUAUUUUAUUUUAUUUUAUUUUAAACAAGGACAAAUACAUAGAAAAGACAAACAAAAACAGCAUACAAAUCUUAGAUAUAUAAAACAACUUUCAUAUUCAAAAAUAUACUUUACAUCAACUUAGAAACAGGCAAAGAAAGAUAAAUCAUCAAUAACUAGAAAAGCACUCGGAGAACGCAGACCUCCGCCAAGCAGCUCAUGUCCCCCCUUAUAUUGUGAUUCACACCAAAACUUUUACUGUUACGUGUCUUUUAUUAACUUUUAUUUGUGUUUAAACUGGUAUGUUCACUGUUCAUAAUGUUCCUAAAACAAGAAAUGCCCUGACCCGGAUUCGAACCCAGGACCUUCUUGCUUUGAGGCGACAGUGCUAACCACUACACCACUGUGACACCCAUUGGUUAUCUUUCAGCAUUGAAAAUUCCAACGACACCCUUUGACACCUCAUAAAACUCAUUGAGAUCCUUUUGUGUCAUUUUUUACUAAAGACUCUGGACAUUUUUAUAGAGUUAAAUGCAAAAAUUCCUAAAUUUGCCCUAUCUCACAAUGAUAAAGAAUCCUUCAAAAAAUUCCUGGAUCCAGAAGGCGAUCCAGAUCUCCACCAAAAUGUAAUGGGAUCCUCCUGGGGCUGAGACGCACCUCUGGUGAAAAUUUCAGGUCAAUCCGUCUGUUACUUUCUCCGUAAAGUUGCUAACAGACAAACAAACAAACAAACAAACAAACGCUACCGAAAACAUAACCUCCUUGGCGGAGGUAAAAAUACAUCUAUGGGUACAACAGUCAAAGCAGGGAUACAAAAAAACUCUUAUCCCACACUUGUGUUAUCUUAGUCAAUAAGUAGUGAUGUUUUAAGAAUAUAGUGAACAAUUCAAAUUUACCGUAUUUUUCGCACUAUAAGGCGCACUUGAAAUCCUUUUGGCUUGUCGGAGCACUGCAGCUACCGUAGCCUUACGGAGUUAUUGAAUAAGUUCAAUGAAGUUUGACUUAUCUGACUGUUUUGUUUGGCUGAAUGCGCUUUAUAAUCCGGUGUGCCUUCUGUAUGAAAAUAGAUGCGAACAGACGCGUUCAUUGAAGGCGCACCUUAUAAUCAGGUGCGCCUUAUAGUGUGAAAAAUACGGUAAUAUCCUUCUGAUUUUUGAAAAUGAAAAAUUCCCAGGAAGCACAAUGGUAUUUAAUAUCAUAAUUUCUUCUUGAAAACCCCAGAUCUUAUUGAUCGGUAAUAGUGGUAAAUCAAGUCCUUGUUCAGAUAACCUUACUGCCAAUUUACACCAAAAAAGAGCCACAUCUGAACAGUACCAAAAUAAAACGAAAUAUGACUAUAUUAUAAUACGUAGAGAAAACUAUUUUUGUUUGUGGGUUGGAUCUGCUUUAUUGCCUUUAUGUUGUGAGUGUUGUCAGGAUAUGGUCUAAAUUUUGUUCGUCUGCUUCCUUUCCUAAAUCUUUCGACCAGGUUUUCAUGAAAAUUUUGCCCUGCAGUUUUUUUCCAUAAUCUUGCUGACAAACAGAAAACGGCACAGAAAUCAUAACCCUCUGUGCUUAGGUAAUCGAGGCAGCGGAGGACAUCCAACAGCUGAUCCAAUAAGGACUUUAUAAUGUGAUAAAAGCAAGAAAAACAGGGAUGAGAUAAUGCCAGCAGGGAGCCAGUCCAAGAGAGUUAUCUCAAAAUAAAGAGCAUUUAUUAGCUGUGUUAUAAAAUUAAAACCUGAACCUGCUGCACAGAACUCCUGGGAGAGUGAUUGUCAGAUUCCUGGAAAGGGGAUGGUCCACAUUUGCUUUGAUCAGUUUAAGAUUUCAGCGUCAGUUUUUUCUGUUUGAAAAAAUCUCACAAAGAAGACUGCCUCGUCUGUCAUUUUACUCCGUUUAGAUUUCCACAUGAACUCUGUCAGAAGGUCAGGACUAGUGCUGCGAUUGAAUUUUACACCACGUACCUCCUGUCAAAAGUGAAACCACAUUGCUGCUCAGUGGAGCCCUUUCAUUAAGUUUGCUGAAAAACCUCUGACUUUUCAGUGAGACUCUGGGUGGUAAACUAUAUUUACUUACAGAGGAAGGAAGGCCUCUAAAUAUGAAUAAAAAAACCAAACACCUACCAUAUAAAAGACAACAGUUAGUUUCAUUUUAAUGUGCUGGUAUGGUAAUAUGCACAUCAAGUGGGAACAGUGUGAUCGUAAAGGCGGAGAGAAAAGGAGGUAUGAAAAAUAAGAGAGCCCACACAGGCACAAGCUGCUCUCCUUUUUCUAUAGAACAACAACAACAACAUGUACAGUCUCUGACAGGCGUUCUUUUUAAGAAACAAAAAGAAAACAGUGAGCUUGAUUUCUUUUAUAAAUGCUCAUCGAGGCCUGUUUGUCAUUUUGUUUUUAUGUAACUCUUCUAGCAGCAGCAUGUAUGUUCUCAGGUGCAAAGUUUAAAGGAAUAUUCCAGCGUAAAAUAAAGUUAGGGUCAAACAAGCUGUCAAUCAAACCAUCAAGACUAAAUAAAGACUCCAAACACAAGUAACCUCUUAUCUAAAAGAUGACAAGGUACGACUUCUUCGCUGCUUGACUUUUCUGUCCGAUGUUGUUCUCCAGCUAUUGAUCUGAAGAACGGCUCCGGCUCUUUACACCAAGGCCCUUACAGUGGGAAGGCAGAUGUGACCUUCACAGUGUCGGAUGAAGACUUCAUGGAGGUGGUGCAGGGGAAACUCAACCCUCAGAAGGUAACACCAGCAGAAUUCAGUGAUUCUUGUUGCAUGUUUUUACCAAAGACUGUUUAUGUCAUGGACGUAGUCUCAGGGUCAUCAUCAUCAAGCCCAGAUAAAAAAUGCUGACUUCAACCAACUUUUGAUGAAACUACAAACAGGCAAAGGGGUGGAGUCUUUGUGUAGUCAGUCACAUUGGCCACAGCCCUAUGUACACUGAAUGGUGAGAAUAAUGCAUGACUCCAACCAGGGAUUUCCACCGCAUCCGGAACGGUGGCGAUUUUCACCAUAUGCCAAUUCCUACCGGGUGCAAUAUUUUUUUUCGUAGGACGGAAGGGUAAAGUCCUGCCCCCUUCGCCUCUGAUUGGCUAGAAAAGCUGGAAACGUCAUCACACACUCAAGCCAAACGCAGGCUAUCGGCUCUGUACUUUGAACAGAACAGAACAGGACAUUAUCACACUUCUGAAUCUCCUAACCCUAACUCUAACCCGACGUUUCACAGCCAUUAGGAAUAGCCAAUCAGAGGUGAAGGAGGGCGGGACCUUCCCCUACCAUCCUAAAAAAUGUUUUGCCUACCGGGUCCGUUAGUGACGAGAAGUUCAUUGCGGAUUACGGACAGCAGGAAUCGCGAGAACCCACAAGAACUCGCAGAUUCACGUGCAAUCGCGCGAUAACAAGUUGUCUUUAGCCACAUAGGCUAACUAUAUAAGCAGUAGACUGUGUCCUUCCAGAGGAGGAAAUCUACUUCUAGACUUCUAGAAUCAGCGUCCCCUCAUCCAUGGUGUCAUCGGGGUGAAAUGCUGUCCAAAAACCUUUCACUUGUUCAUCUCCGCCCGUUUGCAUGGUGUGAAAUAUGAGCCGCCUAAAACACAAAGUGUUUUAUUUUAAAAAGAAGACGGAUGUUUUAUUUUGUGUCUGUGCCCGACUUCCUUCCACGGGUUAAUCUGUGCUGAAUUUAUCGGGCAUGCUCCUGCGUCCGGAAAAAAUACAGCUCUUGCGAUCCGCUGUGGAGUCCGGCGAGUCGCAGCAGAACAGAAAGAAGCCGGUGGAAAUCGACACAUUAACUUGAAUGGUUACGAUCGGCGGAUACAGCCUUUUCGUAGCCGUUCCGAUAAGGCUUUUUAAGGAGAUUCCUUAGCUUUUGCAGACAGUCCCAAGAGGACGUUUGAGGAACUGCAGUUCUUCACACUCCCACAUAGGCUUCACUUUUCAACACUAGAGAAACUGUGUUGUUUUAACACUAGAUAAAGCUGAAUUCUGGGGUGUGAACGGCCCUUUUUUUCUGUGAUGAGGCAGAAUUUUUGACAUCAGCUGACUUUGUUUGCCUCACAUUUUAAAUGUUGUCUUUUUCAGAUGUUUAAAUCACUCCAUGUGCUCUCUGAUCAAAGUGAAAGUGCCUUCAAAGAGCCCUCCAGUUUGGUAUAAUAUCUCCCCUGAUCUCUCCAAGUUGGAGGAAGAAAUGAGGGCGCAAUGAUCUGUCAAACCAAGUUCAGAAAGCACUCAGCGCAGUAAUCAAUCGACUCUACUUGUUAUGUUUGAAGCAUCUCAUCCGUCACUGGGAUAGACCAUCACUGUACAGGAUUUAUAGGCUUCCUCAAGUGCUUGGUAUUGAUCUCUUGAGGCCUGCCCUUUACUAUGUGCUGAGGAUCCCUUGGGCAGGGUCUUUUCCAGGCUUUUCUGACAAUAAAGGGAGCAGCUAGAGGAAGAUUAGUUGGAGUUGAAAAAAAAAAACGUCUAAAAAAGGGUGCUGUUGUCAUUCUGGUUCGUCACAUGCACCAUCCCAUGAUUGAUUUCAGCAGAGGAGGAGAGCGCUGCACAUCCUCAGUUCACUUCUAGCAGCGAAGAGACUUUUCUGCAGCACCUCUCAGCUUUGAAACCCCGGGUUUUGUUUUCUCUGGUAAAGCAUCAGCGGUCACGUAUUCUCUCUUAGCUCCAGACCUGGCUUGUUGCUUUUUUUUUCAUUUGUAAGCAGUAUUAGCCUCAGGCGUUUUGCCCCUGUUUUACUCCCCUUGUGCUUAAAAAAACAAGUUAACAUCCCACCAGCUAGAAAUGAGAGGAGACUCUUUGCUUUCUUGGAAAAAAUAAAAAGAAGAUUCACUCGUGUGUGUCUUUGUUGUCUCGAAAGGCUUUCUUCUCCGGCAAGCUGAAGGUUAGAGGCAACAUCAUGCUGAGUCAGAAGCUGGAGGUCAUCCUGAAGGACUACGCCAAGCUGUGAGCUCCACAAAAGACCAAUCAGACGACUCCAGGAACCAACUCGCUCUCCCUGUGUCUCACUUUGUCCGUCUGCUCCUCUCAUCCCGAUCCACGCCCGUGUUCUUACAUGGUUUUCCUCUCAAGGGAGAUGCACGGAGAAACGAUCUGAUGAUGAUAGCACUACUUCUGGAUGAGUUCUGUCACUUAAAUGAACUUUCAUUGUAAUCAAACGAUGUAAAAAGGCUCCUAAAUAAAUGAGGGCUUGUCUUUGUCACAACACACUGAUCCAGCUUGUACUUUAACUAGAAGGGGGUAUGAAGGUUAAAACAGACUGGAGAAGAAGCAGUGUCAUUGUCGGCUACCUCAAGUUUACUUCGUCCAUAUGGUCUGUCCCUGUGCCUUUAAAGUUUCAAAGUUAACUUCAAAGUGAAAUUAACCCUUUUGUUUAAUUUUAUUGAUUUAAUUCAGUUUCAAUUAUGAAGACUUUGACUUAACACAAUGAAAUAAAUACAGCAGUGAUUAGAGUCUCAAUUCUGCUCAACUCUGGAUGUAAUUAUCCUGAGUGAAUGAAGAUAAAACAUUAGAUGCCAUCUAACAAUUGCAAUGAGUUUGUGUUUUUAAGUCUGCAACUACUUCUC